CUAGGGCCUGUGUAUCCGCGAGCGCCUCGAAAGCGCACACUCGCACGCUGCUUGCUUGAGUUUUCGCCUUUUGUCACAGUUUUGUGAUUACAAACAGCAAACCUGACGCUGCUGUGCAUUUCGGAGAACUAUUACAGUAAUAGUGUAAUACUGCUUUCUUUUAGUAUUAAUUUUGCUAGUUUAUCAGCAGUUCGACGCUGCGUAUCAAUUCUGGCGUCUCUUUAAUUUUUCCUGGAUCUAUUUCGUUUUAUCAUGUCCGCGGACGGAUCCGGGAAAUGUGGACUGCCUGGUCCACACUGACAUCUUUUUGGGCAUCUGCGCUGCUCGGCCACGGGUAGCCUUUGCGUCCUAAGCCCAUGCGGAUUACAGGCUUGAAUGAUUGACUUGCAACUUGCCAGUAAUCAUGUCUGUGUCGAAAGCCUUGAGGCAGCACAAGCAGGCCCGCAAGGAGAUAUUUUCCGAAUGGCGUAAGCGCAUGUUCGAGUUGGACACAGUGGUGCAGCAGCAUUUGGAUGCGAGAUACUCGGAUAAUGCUUAUCGCCGUGAGUUUCGAUUUUGCAAUGGAGCUGACGUUAUCGCGAUUUCCAAGGGUGUUUACUACGAAGCUUCCAUUGUUCAUGUUUAUCGUGCUCGACCUUUCCCGAACGUUUCUGCCCCGCUGACCAAGGCGGAUGUGGCCAAUGCGACUGUUCCAACGUAUAUCAUCCAUUACCGUGGCUGGUCCGACAAUCACAACGAUGAACACGCCGAGAACGAUCUCCUCAGUCGACGUGUGGAUUCGGCGGAAUCUGUUCACUCAAUGCUGUUUGCACAUGAGUGGAACACGCUCUUCCGCACGGAGAAAUCCUUGGAAGAAACGGAAGUCGGUCUGGGUUCUUGGUUUCUGCCCGAUGAAAGCUAUGCGAAUCUGGAGCGGACAUGGCAGUCUUUGACGGAAACUACGAUGUCCUUCGCUGAAUACAGCGGGCGGGCCAAAGCGGAGAAGGCGUUGUUGGAACUGGGCGAUGUUUACUGAACUUGAAGCACAUCGAAUCAAGGAGCACCAUUCUCCGGAUUACUUGAUACUGGGCAAGAUCUGCUAAGGAUGGACCAAAAACUUCGUUUACUGUGCGAUCACGUUGAAAAUUACGUUAAUGCAGAGUUUUCGUUUUUUUUUGUUUGUUGUUUAACCUUACUGUUAAGUAUUCCGUUCAUUAACCGGUAAUUAGAGUUGAUAUCGAUCUCAGUAAAUUCGGCAGCACUUUGGUUUCCGAAAUCGAUAAAGUAUUCUAGAAAUUUUGGUUGUUUUUCGCCCUGAAUUUUUUAUCUUGCUUUUUGGGAUCAACAAGCAAUUAAAUUUAUAGAGAGU